UGCUAUGACGCCAGGCCCCCGCCCCCUCGGCUGGCCGCCAUCUUGUUGUUGAUUCGUACCCAGUCCGAGCUGAGCCGGGAGCGGGUACGGAGCGGCCGCUGAAGGGCCGCCGCUGUCGGGGCUCAAGCCGCCAGCGCUGCCUGCCUGCCGGCUGGGCGGGCCAGACCCUGGAGGCCCGGGGGGCCUAGCCCCCGGGGGGGAGCCGCGGCCGUCAGUUGCCAGGGCCCCGCGGGGUGCCUUGUACUAUAUGCCCUUCUGCUGCCUCCUUGCAUAUACAUACCCAAAGACACACACAGUUCAAAUACUUCAGAGAGAGAAUCUUAAAAAGCAUCCACACAUCAGGAAGAUCCUGGGAGUUUCUUGAAACUACUUUGGGAGCUCGUGACAUAGUUGCUAACUUUCCUUCAUUGCUGUACGGCUGAUUCAGUUCAGGAACUAUUAAGGCAAGCAGACUCAAAACAUUGGCUUUCAACUAGCCAGGGUCUUCCAUCGUACUCUUCUCUUGUGGCCCAUGUGCUACUCCCUUUGCCCUCAUUGUGCGACUGGCCCCCAACGCAAUGUGUGUUUGUCAAACCAUGGAAGUGGGGAAGUAUGGCAAGAAUGCAAGUCGAGCUGGAAACCCAGGAGUCCUCCUGGAGCCCUUCAUCCACCAGGUGGGUGGUCACAGCAGCAUGAUGCGCUAUGAUGACCACACCGUGUGCAAGCCACUCAUUUCCCGGGAGCAACGUUUCUAUGAGUCUCUCCCCCCUGAAAUGAAGGAGUUCACCCCUGAAUACAAAGGUGUUGUGUCUGUCUGUUUUGAGGGGGACAGCGAUGGCUACAUUAACCUGGUGGCCUAUCCUUACGUGGAAAGUGAGGCUCUGGAGCAGGACGACCCACCAGAGCGCGAGCAGCCCCGACGCAAGCAUUCCCGCCGAAGCCUUCAUCGCUCAGGCAGUGGCAGUGAACAUAAGGAGGAACGGGCAGGGCUGGCCCCAGAGAGCACAGAUAGCAGCUCACAGGAGUUGAAGAGCCCCAAAGUGGAGCUGCACAUCCACUCGGAUGUCCCCUUCCAGAUGCUCGACGGGAACAGCGGCCUGAGCUCGGAAAAAAUCAGCUACAACCCCUGGAGCCUGCGUUGCCACAAGCAGCAGCUGAGCCGGAUGCGCUCGGAGUCUAAGGAGAGGAAGCUCUACAAGUUCCUCUUGCUGGAGAAUGUGGUACAUCACUUCAAGUUCCCCUGUGUGUUAGAUCUGAAGAUGGGGACCAGGCAGCACGGCGAUGAUGCCUCUGAGGAGAAGGCUGCCCGGCAGAUGAAGAAGUGUGAGCAGAGCACCUCUGCCACUCUGGGCGUCCGCGUCUGCGGAAUGCAGGUUUUUCAGCUGGACACAGGGCAUUAUUUGUGCAGGAAUAAAUACUAUGGUCGUGGGCUCUCGAUUGAAGGCUUCCGCAACGCUCUCUACCAGUAUCUCCACAAUGGCCUGGACCUCCGGAGAGAUCUUUUUGAGCCCAUCUUGAGCAAACUUCGGGGUUUGAAGUCUGUGCUGGAGAGGCAGGCCUCUUACCGAUUUUACUCCAGCUCCCUCCUCAUCAUUUACGAUGGGAAGGAGUGCAGGGCAGAGAUGUUCCUAGAGCGCCGGGCAGACACGCGCUCGAAGAACGUGGACUCGGGGCUCCCUGAGAUGAUGCCUGAUGGCACCAGCCCUAGCACCAGCCCCGAGACAUCCCCCUCUGCCACACCCAAGGUGGACGUCCGCAUGAUUGACUUUGCACACAGCACGUUCAAGGGCUUUCGGGAUGACCCUACUGUGCAUGACGGGCCCGACAAGGGCUACAUGUUCGGCCUAGACAGCCUCAUCACCAUCAUGGAGCAGAUGCGGGAGGAAAACCAGUAGUGUCCUACACUGGGCUCCCCGUAUCAGUCACUGCCCAGAGCCCUUUCCCCUCUACCUACAGGCAGGGACCACCCACUCUGAACCCACCACAGAGGGCAGACAAGACAGACUUUGGUUUUAAAGGGUUAUAUUUCUCUUUGGUGUAAACUAAAAGAAAUGAUUUUAGCUGUAGCCUGGAAUACAUAUAUAUAAAAGUGAAGGAGAGAGAGGAGAAAGCAGAAGAUGUGCUCAGCCAUUUUAUUAACCAUGUGGCUUUGAUGACUUUGUCCAGGCUGGCUUAGCAAGAGGAUCUCCGAAUGUUUUGGCCUUGGUGAGACUGUCGGCUGCUCUGGUCUUUUUAGUUCACAGGCUUCUGCCUGGUUUGUGGCCAAAAGGAGGCUUCAGGUGGGGGCCAGGGACCACAAGGCUCUUUAGACUCCGCUGAUCCUUUUAUUGGCUCACUUGAAGCCUCAAACUUGGGGAGCAAUUGAGAGCAGGAGCCUGACUGAAGGGCAGGCUUUUCAGUCAGGCACUUGAGCCCCCAGGCUCUUGCAUGUCACUUAUUCCUGAGAGGCUCUGGGGGGUCACCAGACCUAUCUGUAGCAGGCGGAGAAAAGCAAGAGGGACUCUGGGUAGCAAGUAGCCUGGUAUGGAGUUUCUCUUGUGUCUGUGGACAGCUAAGAGAAAUGACUAAGAGAAAGAGAUUGUAAUGUGUGUGUGUUUUUCAGCAUCCUAGCAGGGAUGGGGAAAAACAGCCAGUAAGACUUCUCUGGUAAGCCAGGUUGCCUGAAGAGAUAGUCUUGGAACUACACUUCCCCCUCUAGCUGCUGUUGGCUGCUUCUGCUGUUUCUUGCCUUUUGAAAUUGAGCUGCGAGAGACUGAACUAAGCUAUUUGAAGAUGGGGUGGGGAAGAUAACAGGUGUAUGAAGUUGGGCUGGUAGUUAAAACAAGCCAGGUGAGCAUGGAACAUAGGAACUUAGCAAAGGCCAGCCUUAGUAAGCGUUUGGCCUCCUCUGGCUCUCCUUGGUACCCCUAGUUGAACCCCACCCUGCUUUCUUCCACCUGAUAGCAUGCAUCCAGACUCCAGCAGCAUGAGAAGUGUUUCCUCCACAAGCCUAGGGGAGUGAAUUUUAUUCCUAUUCCCUCCUACUUCCCUUCCCCCCUGCCCCCAGCAGAUUAUUUUUGGGCACUGGGAGGUGGGUGGGGAGGGGGGUGGAGUAUGGAUUAUGACCAGGGCCGCUUAUAGCCAUCAACUUCUCUUAGUGGUUGGCCAAUCCCAGAUGUAGGGGGCUGGAGCCUUGUUGGUUUAGGGCAGUGAAAGAAGGCACUUAAAUCUCUCUAGAUUUCUAAGAUCUAAGAUCUCCAACCUUGGUUGCCAUAUUGCUUCUUGCUGCUCUUCUCUUUGGAGCCCUGGAUCCUAUAAAACUGUAAGGUGUCAUGUGGUCUGCACCACCUACUUCAGGUGUGGGUUGGUCAGGAGCAGCAGGACUCACUGAACGAAUAAAACCAGAACACAGAACCGAGAAAUGCAAGCCUUGGAAGUGAGCAGCUUGGGCUGCAGGCCCAAUAGCCCGUGGCGGGUUCUGACUUUUGUGGUGCCUGCUGAAUUUUAAGAAAAGGUAGAGUGUUGAGAGUGACAUUUGAGGAUUUUUUUAUGUCCUUCUGGGCCAGCUCUCAAGUUUGUCUCUAGGUGUGAGCAAUGUGCAAUGGUGAGGAUGGCUAGCUGGCCACUGACAUUGACCCCUUUGUUAAUAAUUCUUCCUCCGUACUCCCUUCUCAAGCAGCUACUAACUGGGGUUCUUGCCUUGGAGUUGGACUCUUCGUAGAUGCUGAAGUUUCUGGAGGAAGUGGAUUAAGUCGUAGGGAGUACCAGGGCAGUGUGCUCUUCCUGUUCAGUCUCCUCACUAGUCAGUGCCCAAUGGUCAGCAUAAUCCAAGGGAGGCAGCUGGAGUGAAGGCAAAGAAAAAGCGUGGGGGUUGGUUUUCUCAGCCCUGACUGACCGGUGCUUUGGGUGCUUGGCCCAGCCCUUGCCUCUUUCUUCAUGCCUGUGGGAAGGGCCAGAACAGAGGGUGCUGGAGGCUGUUUGCCAUCCCUUCUCUAUAUUCUCACCCUGGCUUGCAGGUCUGAAGCAUAAGACUAGUCUUGGGAAGUGAUGUACCAUAUUGGGACUUAACUCAAAGCCCCAGGAGUUUCAAGCCAACUUGGAUACACAGAGUCUACCAGGGGUUGUCAGUGAUACUGCCAGUCUGGACAGCUCAGUGAGAACAAACUGUUCCAUGCUACUAGGCUCAAGAGGGACUGAGAAGCAUGCGUAUGCACGAGAGAGAGAGAGAGAGAGAGAGAGAGAGAGAGAGAGAGAGCUAUGUGUAUGAUAUCUUUAACCUCAUCUUCCUGUAGGGAACUCAGCAUGUAUCAUUGUUACCUUAUGUCUUUCCUGGCUUCAGCGUGGAAAGGGAGCUGAGCCAUCUCUAGAUGAGACUGUGACAUGAGAUGGUCUCUUUCUUUUUAGACAUCCAGGCACUACAUCUUAAAUUGGGCCCUGGAGCUAUGAGAGUUUCCCUCUGAGGUAGGCUGGCCUCUAGAUGUGGACCUUGGGGUGAGCCCUAGGGCAGAACAGACUUUGAUGUUAAAAUGCCAUUGCCUGGUUUAACCCAGUGAUCCCCCGAGGGCAGAACAGCUCAUCUGAGUUGGAACUCUAGCCCCAGGACCUUCUGGUAAUGACCCACUUCUCCCUUGCAUUUUGCUGUGGUCUCCACUAUGGGAGAUAGGUGCCUUUGAAGAGCAGACAGUGUUCAUUCCCAGUGCUAUGCAGAGGAGAAGACAGAUGUCUAAUAGAUUGUGCAGCAUGCCUGCUUUAGCUUUCCAGCCGGUUAAAUGCCUGGCUGGAGCAGUCAGUGUUUCUGGGACCUUGGGACAGUGUCCCUCCGUUUUGAGCCCAGCUGCACCUUGCUGAGGAUGAACAGGCUGUGCCUACUUACUCAGUAUUUCUGGGCCCCAUUAUUCCCAGGUUGGGCCCCGGGGAUGUAAAAAUGGCAGAUUCUAAGGUUAUCCUCAGAGCAGGGAACAACAUGGAGGUGUCCACCAUAGAAGUGUUUUAGAUUUCCAAGGACACCAUUUUCAGACCACAUGCCCCACUCCUGGUCACUGGCCAUGCCCAGUCCUGCAUGCAUGGGGAAGGUGUCUUUUGCUUGCCCAGAAAUAGCUAGUAAAAGCCAGCUGUCAGACACAGCUUGGCCAUAAAAGUCUGGCUGGCAUCCAGGGGAGCUGGGCAGUGGACACUUUGGAGUUGAUGGGCCCUUUGCCAUCUUUCCUCCUGCCCGUUACAUCCCCUCCAGUGGCCUGCAUCUCUUUGCCAACUUGGAGGGAGGGACUAUGUGAUCCCAGCACUGGACCAAAGAGAGGGAUGGCAAGGGAGCCCAGCACACAUGGGUGCUUUUGUUUGAGAUCUCUGUACAGUAUUUACGGGGGGCCAAUGAGUAAGCACUAGCCACUUGCAAAAAAUGGAAGGCAGGGCUUCUGAUGUCAGGCCGCCAACAGGUCUGUGGAAUGGGAAUGGACCAGGGAGGGCUGGGACUCCCGCAAAACCCUGGAACAUUGCUUUGCCAUAGGGGAAUAUCGUGAUAGGUUUGUGUUUCCAUGAGGGGAGCAGUGCCUUGCUUUGCUUGUGGGGGAGUUGGCAAGAACCUCCCCAUCUCCCACUGCUCUUCCUGGAAGUAUAAGGACAAUCAGCCAUGUCAGCUCUGCUGACUUAGAAGAAAACUCUCUACUUGUCCAGUCUCCUGCAUAGUGGCAUUAUUACAUUUGUCUUCUGGCAUUUUUCUGCAUAUCUUUAGUUUUCUCUGGAACUUGUUUAGGGGCAUGAUUGUUAACAGUGUCUGUAUUCACCCCGCACUGUUCCCUUGCCUUCUGUCCAAAAGUCAUGUAUAUAAAAAAUAAAGGCGCCUAGAAAUGUA